AUGCUGUGGUGCUUGGUGUGGCUCCUGGUCAGUGCAUCGUAUGCGUACCAGGGAGCUCACCUGUCGCACCAUGGCAUUUAUUCGAACUUGCCAUAUGAUACGCCACUCGUGCUGUACAUUCAUCCGGAUGAGCUAGUGGUAGAGAAUUCGAUGUUGAGUUUAUCGGCUAUUACGCGUCGAAGUUGGCCAGAGGUACAGCAAUGUACACAAGCAGCCUUUCCUCUUGGUAUGCAAAGUAUGGAGGCAUGUGAAGAGUAUGAUGUGGAAAACGAGGCGGUCUCGUAUCAGAUUUUACACGAUGCUGAUCUUCAUGGUGAUCUGAGUAUACCCAUUCGUCCGAACCCGUUGCCAGACUUACGGAGCAUAGGAAACGAUACAGCGUUGCACAGUGUGACCGUUACACUUCAUACGGUAUCUUCGGAUGGUAAACCUCGUAUAUAUCGAUGGUGGAUCGCUCAUUUUUCGCAGCCACCCAUGCAAAGGGCUCGCUGGCCGAUCGCCCCCGGUGAGUAUGUAUCGCGAGCUGGCGAGGCGAAUCAUGUUCGACCCACUUCAUGGGACGGCUUCGAUGCACCUCGAUUAAGUGGGCUUAUGCAUGAUCCAUUUAUGACUGUGUCAAGGAACGAGCAGAGUGCCUCAGGUCACUCAUGGUCGCGCGGGGUGUCCAUCCGAGUGCGAACCAAUGGCACUAGCGUGCCUGUGCGCUCUUCCGUGGCAGGUACUGUCGUAUGGUCUGGCUACUUACAUCGUGCUAUGCCUCCCUUUGAUGGCCGUGAGCGUGGAUUGAAUGACCAGUAUUUGCUAACUAUUAUGAUCCGUGAUUCAUGGGGCUUUGUACAUCAGUUUGUGGGACUUGAAGUCGCGCAAGUGGCGGUGCAUGAAGCUGUAGCUGAGGGAACGGUACUGGGUUAUUUACCAAGCACACCGCUAUCUCCGUGGCCACGUAGUACAGCGUCGCUUGUGGACAUACCAAAGCACAACAAAGAAGAAGGAUACGAGUCGUUUCCCUAUCGUUUUCGUCACCUCGAAAUCAGGGUGGCUCGGCCACACUCAGCGUGGACCUCCUACAAGGAUCCCAAUGCAAAAGGCUGGUUGUAUUACAACCCACUCCUUCUCUAUGUUCCGGGGCGAGUACCGCUACCCAUGAUCGCACCGUUUGUGGAUCCAUCUUCCUUCGCGUUCAGAACCACGAACGUGGCUUCUAUACCCCAUGCCUUGUCGAUGCAACAUGGCUCUCCAUCGAUACCCAACCAAGUGGAGCUCUUUGUCUCGUUUCAGCCGUUCAUUGAAUCGCCAGGCGACCCUGCAGAUGCAAUGGAUCCUGUAUCUGUCUAUGCGCUCGAUUGGGCCGUGGAGCCCGUGACGAAGAGGCCAUUGUGCUCGUCGCGUCACACGUAUUGGCGCCGAUCAUUUGAGCACAGCCGAUUGGCUUCUGAGACUGAGCUGGAUGAUCCUGCCUUUUUGCAUGCGCAUUAUGUGCCGCACAUAUCGAUAAGAUCCCGACUGGGACUGCAAUUCUCUUUCCAGCGCUACUCACAGUUUGACGAGAAAGAUCGGGCUCUCUACUAUGCUGUGACGCGCCAAAUUUUAGGUCUUCCGGAUGUGCGCGGCGUAUGGGAUACGACGCGUGAAAAGAGAUUCGGACCAUUUCGUGUGGCUGUGCGUGCGCGCAGCCUGACGAGUGCGUACAGCUGUGUGGAAGCCAAGGUGCAUGUGCCACACGAGCGGCCAUCCAGCCGCUAUUUGCGCAUGCUAAGGGCCGUGUUUACCCCAUCCCUGCACACGCUACCCAGUUUCAGGCUCCUGUGGAUCGCAGACCUAGUUAGGCACUCUUUGCGAGUUUUUCGUGAUAUGUUGCGCUAA